AUGGGGGCGGUGAAGGGGAGGAGCAGUGACUGCAGCCCCGCGGCGGGAGCCGCAAGGUGCUCCCCCGACUACCGGGAGACGAGAGUGCCUGUACCAGGGUGGAGGAAUCCGGACCUCCGCCUCCAGAUCCAGGGUGCUCGCAGGCCCCCACCGGACCCAGCCCCUUGCGACUCGUCUCCCUGGCUCCUCAUCACCAUGGCAACCCGGGGGCGCUCGGGCAACUUUCGGGUCCUGGGCGCGCGCCUACUGCCCCGGGACCCCGCCUCUUCUGGCUCUUCUUGGCUGCGCCGCAUCACCGUGGCAACUUGGGAAAUCUCCGGGUUGGGGCGCGGCGAUCUGGAGAGGCCGAGGGUCCUCCUCACACUCAGAUCUGACCCCGGCGCGGACCAGGUUGAAGAUUCCAUCGUGACGCUCCGUAUCCUGCAGCGAACAGGUCUCUGCCCAGCGCUUGGUCCCCCUCGCGCCCAGGCUGUAUCAGCUGUCCCGCUCUGCACGCUGCGGCUUACCUACGUGGUUAAAAACACGCGCUCUGAGCUGAGACUGCUAGGACUGGAAAGCAAAAGCUUUCUCGGAACCCCAUCUUCCCCCAACCCCAGCAGCCCCCCGUUGGCCAAAACCAUGUCCCACGACUCCCCCCACACGAGAGAGAGGCUGGAAGGCCAGGAGCAGAGGCUCCAGCUUCCCGUGGGCGGUACUGGCACCUCCCAGGAGCCCAGUCCCCUGAGCUGUUCAGCCUCCCAGGAAGCCUUCUCCAGGCCCCUGAGACUGGUUCAAGGGCAGUCCAAGUACUGCCACGGUGUAGGCAACACCAUCACCACACUGCCGAUCUCAAGUCUUCUUUUCUGUCUUGCGGCUUUAGAACUCAAGAGUGUCAACUGGCAGACAACCGACAAUGGGCAGGCACAUCACACAGACAAGUUCUUCAGCCAGGAGCUUAUCGUGCGGAGAGGCCAACUCUUCUACAUGUCAGUGACCUUACACCGAAGUCUCAGCCAUAGAGAAGUGACAUUCACAGCUUCCACAGGGCCUUACCCCUCAGAGUCGACCAAGACAAAGGCUGUGUUUCCACUCUCCAACAAGAUACGUGGCACUGGCUGGGGUGCACAACUUAUGUACAACAAGAACAAUGUUCUGAGCAUCUCCAUCCUCAGUCCUGCCAAUGCACCCAUAGGAAGGUACUCGCUGAGCAUUCAGAUCUCCUCCGAGGGCAAUUACUCCACUCUGAAACUUGGAACAUUCAUACUGCUCUUUAACCCCUGGUUGCAAGCCGAUAGUGUCUUUAUGAGCAACCAUGAUGAGAGAGAGGAGUAUGUUCAGGAAGAUUCUGGCAUCAUCUUCAUGGGAAGAGCAAGUUACAUUAGCAUGAUUGGCUGGAACUAUGGACAGUUUGAAGAAGGCAUUCUGAACAUUUGCCUCUCUCUGCUGGAUAAUAGUCUGAAUUUUCGCCGUGACCCUGUUAAUGAUGUGGCCUGCAGAGACGACCCCCAGUAUAUUGGCCGGGUGCUGAGUGCAAUGAUCAAUAACAAUGAUGACUAUGGUGUGAUUGCUGGGAACUGGAGUGGUAACUACACAGGUGGCCAGCACCCAAGGCACUGGAAUGGCAGCGUGGAGAUCCUCAAGAAGUGGCAAAUUUCUGGCUUCAGGCCAGUCCGAUACGGCCAGUGCUGGGUCUUCGCUGGGACCCUCAACACAGCGCUGCGGUGUUUGGGGAUUCCCUCCCGAGUUAUCACCAACUUCAGCUCAGCUCAUGACACAGACCAAAACCUCAGCGUGGACGUGUACUAUGACCCCAGAGGAUGGCCCAUGGACAAAGGCAGUGACAGCAUAUGGAAUUUCCACGUCUGGAAUGAAGCCUGGUUUAAGCGGACUGACCUAAGCCCAUCAUACAGUGGAUGGCAGGUUCUGGACGCCACCCCCCAGGAAAGGAGCCAAGGGGUGUUCCAGUGCGGCCCUGCUUCGGUCAUCGCUCUCCGAGAGGGUAAUGUGGACUGGGACUUCGACAUGCCCUUCAUCUUUGCCGAGGUUAAUGCCGACCGCAUCACAUGGAUCUACAAUUCCUGGACCGGUGGCCUGAAGAAGAAUUCCUCAGACUCUGACAUCGUUGGCAAAUACAUCAGUACCAAGGCGGUGGGCAGCAACACUCGCAUGGAUGUCACCGAAAAUUACAAGUACCCAGAAGGUUCCAGACAGGAAAGGCAAGCAUUUGAAAAGGCUUUGGGGAAACUUAAACCCUACAUGGCAUUUAGAGCAACAGCUGCAGGAAGAUUGAGCACAGCGGAACUGAAGCCCAGCAUAUCCGGGAAGUUCAAGAUCACUGGCGCACUGACAGUGGGCAAAGAAGUCAACCUGGCCCUGAUGUUCAAAAACCUAACGAGUGAUUCGAAGACAGUGAUGGUGAACAUGACAGCCUGGACCAUCGUCUACAAUGGCACACUUGUACACGAGGUGUGGAAGGACUCCGUCACCCUAACCCUGGGUCCCGAAGAAGAAAUACAGCAUCCUGUAAAGAUCGCAUAUGCUCUGUAUGAGAAGUACCUGAAGGCAGACAACAUGAUCCGGGCCACAGCCGUGUGCCAGGUCACCGACGAGACUGAGGUGGUGGUGGAGAGGGACAUCAUCCUGGACAACCCCACCCUGACCCUGGAGGUGCUGGACCAGGCCCAGGUGCAAAAGCCUGUGACCGUGAAGGUACUCUUCUCCAACCCGCUGGAUGAGCUGGUGACGGACUGCAAGCUGAUGGUGGAGGGGAGCGGCCUGCUGCUGGACAGCCUCAAGAUCGACAUGCCAACGCUGAACCCCAGGCAGCAGUCCUAUGUGGAUUUUGAGAUCCUGCCCACCCGGAGUGGCACCAAGCAGCUCCUCGCCAACUUCUCCUGCAACAAGUUCCCCGCGAUCAAGGGCAUGCUGUCCAUCAAAGUGAACAAGUGAAGGGGCCAGGGGGCCCCAUACAAACUUGGGAACACGGAGCGGGCAGGGCUCACCUGUGGAGUGAGUCCCCUGCCCACACACACUGUCCAGCCUGGGAAACUCACUCCGUCCCCCAAGGCAGCCUGGACUCGGACUUCCAGCCUCCAACACACACCCCUCCCUUGUUCCCAGGCUGGGCUGGUUUCACCCUGGCCCACGUCUUGAUCACGUUUGCAUGUUCCUCAAGCUUCUCCUCAACACUGCCCACUCUGUGAGCUCCAUGACCCUGCUCAGCCCUUAUACCCUCAAUGCUGUGGGCACGGAGUGGCACCUGACCCAGCAGCUCUCCAAAUGGCUAUGGGGGGAGAAGAUGGUCUGGACUGUUUGCUGAUCCCCAGCCUGCAGUUGGCACAUUCCUGCUUCUCUCUUAGGCCACUG